GUAGUUAGUUUGGUUCAGUUUAGUGCAACAUCGUACAUACCGGCAAACAAGACGUGUUGUUUGAAUCUUGUUCUCGUUCGUUUCGUUCGCGGGUUUUUUUUUCGCUGUUACAAUCGAAAUAUAAGAAAAGUAAUAAUUAAAUAAAAGAAUCGUAUGGUGGAAUUUUUAAAUUCGUUCAAACUUUCCUCAUCCGAGUGUGUAAAAAAGUGUAAUAAGACGUGGACUAUGCAAAUACUGAACAAAUACAAUUAAAAAUUUAUUAAAAAAAUAAAAAGUGAUGGCAUACGAAACGCCACCUCACGGAAGGCCAAAAACUCGUAGUGCUUCCAUAUGUGCUCCAGCUAGUGGUAGUUUAGAAACUAUUCUCAAUCCACCAUCUGGCAGUGGUACGCCAGACAAUGGAACACCGGGCUAUCAACGAAGGAGACCAGCAACACGAACUCAAAGUGCCCGAAUUACUGGAGCCAGAUCAGUACGUCGAAAAGUACAAGCCCAACAACAAAAUCUGCAAGAGUCAACUCGAUCACAUUGUACCAGCGAACCACGUCUGAAUGACACGGAAACGCCACCCCAACGACGACGCGGUUCACAAAGAAGACCCACCCAUUCACAAAGCCAGAGAAAAACAAACACUUUUCUUGACGUACCUACAUCUAAUUACAACCAUGUUAGCGAUAAUGAGGAUGAUAUUGACAGACUUCGAACAUUUAGCUCUUCUAAGGGUGGGGUUAUAAACCGUGGUGAUUCAUUUCGGCGACGACGGUCUCGAUCGAAUAGCUUGGCACCGACCAGCCCCAUGUCAUAUCAAGCACCUGCCGAAGUUGCAACACGAAACGGACCAGUUGAUUCAUAUCGUGUUUUUAUGCUAGGAGCGCCGGAGGUGGGAAAAAAUGCAUUGAUUUCACAAUUUCAAACAUCCGAGUGUAUCAAUGCCUACGAAGGGCCUGAAACAUCAGGAGAAGAAAAUAUAUCCAUAAUAUUAAAUGGAGAAGAAUCUGAAUUGAAAUUCGUUACGGACAGGCGAGGAAGCAAGGAAGAGCUGGAAAAGUGUGAUGCAUUUGUAAUCGUCUAUUCAGUGGUGGACAAAGCUUCAUUUACACAUGCCGAGCAGCUAAUGGUUUCGUUUCAAGACAUGGACUUAAUUCGAACUAGACCGGUGAUUUUAGUUGCAAACAAAAUUGAUUUGGCUCGAUCGAGAGCUGUGUCUUCCCAAGAUGGACGUUGUUUAGCCUGCACGUUCCGUGCAAAAUUUAUUGAAGUGUCAGUUGGAAUUAAUCACAACGUGGAUGAAUUGCUGGCUGGUACUCUAACACAAAUUAGGCUAAAAAAGGAAAAUAAUAUUUUACAGGGUUCGCGUGAAAAUUCGCCGGCACAUUGGUAUAAAAGCCGAGGAGUCGUGCGGGCCAGCAUGAAAGCUCGUCAAAUGAUCACAUGGAUAUUGGGAAAAGAGGAUUCCAAGUUUAAAAAUUGUGAAAACUUACAAGUUUUGUGAAAAUUUGUUUGAAAUUUUCUAUGUAAACAUAAAAGUAAAAACAUUUUUUUUUUUCAAGUGGAUGAAUUAAACAAUAAUUAGUCGUAAUGUUUAACAGUUAAGUGACAAAUAAAAUUUAUUUAAAACUUAUAUACAUUAUAUCAAAAUUGUGAAAAAAAAUUAUAUUUAAAAAAAAAUUGAAAUGCAAAAAUUAAAAAAAAUGCUAGUUGGAUUAAGCCAAUUCAGAAUACAUAAAUUAUUAAAUAAAUUUUGUCUAUUACAAAGCGCGAUAUAUG